CUUCUCUUCUUGGAUUGCCCAACCGUCUAGGUUAUGGGGUGGUUAUCCCACCACCCUCACUGCCGUACGGAGUAGUCGCGCAAUCUUAUGCUUAUCGUCAUGUAAUAUUGGUCCGAUGUUGGAAUAGCUAAACCCUGGCACCGGGCAACCUACCAGGCCCUCCUUGCAUGCUGAACAAGUUGAUAUAAAAGCUGUGCCCCCUUCACUUGGUCUAUUGGUAGUGCUCUGCCGAAUACCAGGCUGAACUGUCCUUGCCACACGGCUUUCACUUCGUCGCCCCAGUUCUCUCCAAAUCUCGCAUCGCAAGGAUGCUUCACAAGUCUUGCCUCCUGGGCAUUGUCCCUGCCUUGUUCUUUGGUGACCUUACGUCAGCCACCCCGAGGCCAUCUCUUGUUGCCCGGGUUCCGCAGGCGUCCACGACUAUCAUACCCGGCGGAGCCCCUUGUGGAGCGAACAACGCUACCAACAGAGGCUGCUGGAAGAACAAUUGGAAUAUUAGCACUGAUUAUGAGGGGACUACCCCGCCUGGCAAGACACGAACUAUCGACCUCUUCAUCACAAAUGUCACUUCCUUCGCCCCUGACGGGGUUGCAAAGCCAGUCAUGCUCGUCAACGGCGCUUACCCCCCACCCACCAUCAUUGCUGAAUGGGGCGACUACCUCAACAUCACCGUUCACAACCAAUUGAAAGACAACGGCACCUCGUUCCAUUGGCAUGGGUUCAGGCAAAAGAACAGUAACAAUCAAGACGGCGCAAAUGGCGUGACGGAAUGCCCCAUCCCGCCGGGCGGCAGUAGGACCUACAGCUUCAGGGCAAUGCAGUAUGGCACUUCUUGGUAUCACUCCCACUUCUCGGUUCAGUAUGCAAACGGCAUUGUGGGCGCCAUUCAGAUCAAUGGCCCUGCAUCGGCUGAUUACGAUAUCGACCUUGGACCUUAUUUGGUCAGCGACUGGUAUCACAGAACUGCCGAUGUCCUGCAGCUGGUGUCAGAACAGGCUACUGGGCCUCCGCCGCACAGCGACAACGUUCUAUUCAACGGCUCGAACAUCAACCCCGCCGGCGCAGGGGGUGCCUACAACAGAGUCAAAUUGACGCCGGGGAAGAAGCACCUAGUUCGCCUCAUCAACCCUUCGGCCGAGAACCACUUCACCCUCUCGCUGGUCGGCCACACCUUCACCGUCAUCGCCGCCGAUCUCGUCCCUGUCAAACCCGUGGUCAAGUCGACACUCUUCCUUGCUAUCGGUCAACGCUACGAUGUCAUUAUCGAGGCAACGCAGCCGGUUGGGAACUAUUGGUUCAACGCAACGCUGGACAGCUCAGGGCUGUGUGGCUUGUCCAACAACCCGUUCCCUGCCGCUAUUUUCUCUUACCAGGGAGCCCCAGAUGCUCUACCAACCGACCCUGGCGCACGUGUCACCGCCAACUGCCACGACACGACGGGUUUCACCCCGGUUGUAGGCCGCACCCUGGAUCCGUCCACCUUCGAAGCCAACGAGGAGCAGCUGGACAUCAACUUGUCCACCGCCGUCACCAGCCGCGGGACCAUAUUCCAAUGGCUGGUUAAUGGCAGUACUAUUGACGUCGAAUGGGACAAACCCAUCCUCCAAUACAUCGCAGAGGGCAAUAACUCGUUCCCCACUAAUGCCAAUGUUGUCGAACUGCACGAGACGACCGGCUGGACCUAUGUGGCUAUCAAUAACCUUCAGGGUGGACUGCCUCACCCGAUCCAUCUGCAUGGUCACGAUUUCCUAGUGUUGGGGACGUCCGACUCUGGAAAAUUCAAUCCCGUGACAGACAAGUCCAAGCUGAACUUCAACAACCCGGUCCGCCGCGAUGUAGCCAUGCUACCGAACGGCUGGUUGGUCAUUGCCUUCGAAAUCAACAAUCCCGGGGCGUGGAUCAUGCACUGCCACAUCGCGUGGCACGUUAGCCAGGGGCUCAGUGUGCAGUUCCUCGAGCUCAAGGACCAGAUCGCGAAAGCCAUGCACCUCGAUCAAAUCCAGCCAAACUGCAACGCGUGGAGGGCCUAUUGGCCCCAUGCAUACUACCCCAAAGUCGAUUCUGGGCUCUGAGCGGCUUUUGGUGAGGGGAAAAGAAGUCAGGGGGCGCCAAGAUCUGUAUGGGCAUAUAUCUGCGGCUUGGUAUUUAAUCCAGGAGUUUCCCCUUUCUUUUACUUUUUAUUCCUUUUUUAUUAUUGUUAUUGUUUUU